CUGCGCGGCGGGGCGCGGGAGAGGUGGCUGCCGUGCGCGUCGUGGCGGCGGCGGGCGAAUGGGGGAGUCUAUGCCGCUGGGCACGCCGGUGCCGGUGGAGCAGGCGGUGCUGGAGACCUUCUUCUCGCACCUGGGCAUCUUUUCCUACGACAAGGCCAAGGACAAUGUGGAGAAGGAGCGCGAGGCGAACAAGAGCGCGGGCGCCAGCUGGCUCUCGCUGCUGGCCGGCUUGGCCCACCUGGCCGCGGCCGAGAAGGCCUAUCACAGCAUGACCUUCCUGGGCCAGAAACUAGGUGGACAGUCGUUCUUCAGCCGAAAAGACUCUAUACGAACCAUAUAUACAUCUCUGCAUAAUGAACUGAAGAAGGUGGUGGCAACGGGUCGGAAUGCAAUGGGAGGGACAGCCCCUCACCUAGAAGAACUGCUGUCUCACCUGUCUGAGCAGCUCUGCUAUUUUGUUCAGGCUCGAAUGGAAAUUGCUGAUUUCUAUGAAAAAAUGUAUAGCCUUAGCACCCAAAAGUUUAUCAACUCCGAGGAACUGGUAAACUUCUUGGAAUCCAUCCUUAAAAAAUACAGCUCAAGAUUUCAUCAUCCAAUCCUUAGUCCUCUGGAAAGUAGCUUCCACUUAGAAGCAGAUGUGCUUGCCCAUCUUUUGAAGGCUCAGGCACAGAUCUCAGAGUGGAAAUUCCUCCCAUCCUUGGUCCAUUUGCACAAUGCUCACACAAAGCUGCAGACCUGGGGACAGAUUUUCGAGAAGCAACGAGAAACCAAGAAACACCUGUUUGGCGGCCAGUCUCAGAAGGCUGUACAACCGCCACACCUUUUCCUGUGGCUUAUGAAACUCAAGAAUAUCCUCCUUGCCAAAUUUACCUUUUACUUUCAUGAGGCACUUAGUCGGCAAACAACGCCAUCUGAAAUGAAGACAUUGACUGCAAAAGCCAAUCCUGAUUAUUUUGGGAGAAUUUCCAGCUUUAUCAGGAAAUAUGAUGCUGUUAACGUUUCCUUAAUCUUUGACAACCGUGGAUCAGAGAGCUUUCAGGGACAUGGUUACCAUCAUCCCCAUUCCUACAGAGAAGCCCCCAAAGGUGUUGAUCAGUAUCCUGCAGUAGUAUCUCUGCCCAAUGACAGGCCUGUUAUGCACUGGCCCAAUGUCAUCAUGAUUAUGUCUGACAGAGCUUCUGACCUCAACAGUUUGGAAAAGGUGGUCCAUUUCUAUGAUGACAAAGUUCAAAGCACCUACUUUUUGACUCGCCCUGAACCUUAUUUUACCAUUGUAGUUAUUUUUGAAUCCAAGAAGUCUGAGAGAGACUCUCAUUUUAUCUCUUUUCUCAAUGAAACUUCCUAUUCCCUUAAGAACUCAAAAGCAUUUGCAAGUCUGAAGCCUGGAUCCAAAGGAUAAAAGGAUUUGCUAUUAAAAUUGUUUAUUGGACUGCAAGGAGACUGGCUUUUAAGGCUUCUAGAAAUGCCCGUAUGUGUAUGUUGGUCAUUUUUUUAAAAAAAUAGAAGCUAUUUUAAUAUUAAGUAUUUAAUGUUUAAUAUUAAUAUUCAGCAUUUUUGGAAUGAAUACCUUGAAUGAUAUAAAAUUGAAUUGGAAGGUGGCAAACUCCUCAAAUGUAGUGCACUAAAACUAUCAGGAUGGUGUUUUGCUCAACUGCUGUAUUUUUUUAAAGUCUAUAUAACACUUGUUUGCCUUUACCUAAAUGCACUUUAUCUGUUGCUGGUCAGUCACUUAGCAUCUGCUGGAAACAGAUUUGAAAAGGAAGCAGAUUUGAAAAGGAAUAUGGAGUGUGAAUCCCACCACCAAAAGCAAUUGCUUAUAUUAAAAGUAUUCUUUUGUCAUAUUCACUGGAAAGUGUUGGAACUUGAAGCAAAUAAUUGCAAUAAAUUAAAUGCACCAUGGAAAAAUACUUUUCUUUCUCAGCUCUGUAAAACCUUGGUCUGGAAUUCCACAACUCACAUAUAAGGCCCCAUUUCAUCAUCUUGUGGUAGUGUCUUUAUAGAUCCCUUUCUCUCUAAAUCUUCUGGUUAGUUGUUAUUGCUAUAGGAAGCUGUAUAUGCUUCUUAUUGGAUAUAUUUUUUAAAAAAUUAUAUCCAAUAUCUUUCCUUGAAAGAGCUCAAGGUGGCUAAUAGUAAAAAUAGCUUAUGGUUUGUAUCCAGUAGUGCCACCUACAUCAGCUCUGGAAGGUUUGGGGGCUCCAGAGCAGGUUCAGGGAGAGUGCCAGGGCAGAGGAAUACAUUUCAAGAGGGGACAAGAGGAAGAAGUCGUACUGUACUUGUAGAAUUCCGCUUUUACAACCUUGGAUCCAAAGUCAAAUACAACAAUUUUAACCAUCAAGCUAAUACAGAUACAUGAAAGCAUUAAAACAUCACCAGGAAGCAACAACUCUGCAGUGAAAUAAAAAUUAAUCAGCCUUGGGUCAUUUAAGGAUAUGCAAAUUUCUUAAACUUACUUUCUAAGUCAGCUAUGUACCUAACCAAGGACCUUAGCUUUUAUAGAGGUAUUGUUAACUGGUUUGUCUUUGUGGGCAUGCUGCCAUUCUUCAGCUACUAUUCCAGAACAAUGUAUUUACUCAAAAUGUGUGUGUGUUUUUCUUCUAGAAAGGAAAAGAUCCCAACAUUUGCAAAUGAUUCAGAAUGGAUCCUCAGUAUUGUCAUUUGUGUGGCAUGUGUAUCAGCACCACCCCACUUUCUGGGCGGGGGCUUGUGUGGUGUGGUUUUGGAGAUAGCUGCUUCAUGCCACUCUCUCUGACCAGUGCAAGCUGUCAGUUUGCGAACUAUUCAGAGACGUGACGUCAGCUAGUGAAGGGAGUUCAGGGAUCAGCUGUAGCUCAGGCAGACACACAGAGUUCCUCUUGUCUAACCUUUUAUAAUCAGUCAGAAUUCCACAAUACAAGGUAUUAUAUACCAAAAAACCCAAAGAAAACUUGCCAGUGCUAUCUCCAUGCACAUGCUUAGAAAUCCCACGUUUACUGGCUGGCAGAACGCAAGGGAAUGUAAGGAGGGGUGUGACUACAACCACAGAACUUUUCUCAGUUUGGGUGCAACCUGCCAUUAGUGUUGGAGGGGUGGGGGGAAGGCACUCACUUUGUAAUAACAGCAACAUGUGACGAAAGGUGUAGAGUAGACUAUCAGCUCCAAAUGCACUUAAAAAUGGAUCCAACCACAGCCAUAGCAUCUUAAAUGGCAAGUGUGUAAAAGCCCUGACUGAUGCAUGGCUUUUUUAUUGUCUUCUCUUUGGAAAGGUUAGUCAUACUUCUCUCUCGUGAAGAGAUAAUUAUACUGUGCAAGCUCUGUUGGCCACUUUGGAAUAUUUGGGUAUGGAGGGAGAUUAUAGGGACAAGUUACUUUUGCUUUUUCUUAGAAGAUGAGCCAUUUUGUAGGGUUGGAUGCUAUCUGGACCCAGUGUUUUGCCAGUUUUAAUGUCAGUAAGGCCUAGGAUGUUGCCUCUUGUCACCACCACACCCUCUGUUGUGAAGACAAAAGCAAUGCAUUCAACUUCUCUGCAAUCUCAUUUGGAUGCGAUGGAAGUACAUUCAUUCAUUUUUUGCAACGCAACAGUGCCAGGAAAAGAUAAAUGUUCCAGUAUGGGAAGAAAGCAUACCGUAUAUCUUUCAGAGAAAAUUAACAAUAAAAUAAAGACACGGUAUGACUACAGGGGGAAUUUUGUUAGUGGCACCAUGGGAUCUAUCGGUAGGCUUCUAUGACACUCCUGCAACCACAGUCCAUGCACCACCUCAAGUUGCAAAAGCCUCACUGGCUGUGGAUUUAAUUGCAUUUUCCCAAUGGUGAUAUAUUGCAGCUGAGUGCUGCAACAAUUCAAUAUCCUGAACAGAAGCCUUUUCUUGAAAGACGGUUGCGUCCUGCAGAACAAAUGAACAUCAGCUGUGCUACAUUUGUUCUUUGAAAAACUGGUUGGGAAGAUCCUUGGGGACUGGAGAAUAUAGUGUGCAGGUAUUGUUUAAGUGUUGUGAUGUCCAACUCUCUACUUGCCUUUACAGCUAUGCAUAUUACACUGAUGGCAUUAGCAAUAGCCUUUAGAACAAUAUAAAUGGAAGUUUAAAGUAAUAGACCUUGCGCUGGCAUUUAAAAUCACUGUCCAUUUUCAAAAGAGCAGUUGAAAGUACACCUGUGUACACUUUAGGUUUGGUAUAAAAAUAAAAUGGGUUUAAAAUUUAUUUUGGUUUGAGUGACUUGGGAGCUUCAUUAAAAAUAAUCACAUACUUUUAUUUACAACUUUACAACAGCAAAUGAACAAGUAACGUUUAUUACCGAAAUAACUACUUUUGGUUGCCUCACUAGGUGCAAUUCAGCUGCAUUAAUUUUAAGCACUUUGACAUUGCUUUCAAGACGAUUGCACUGACCGUCUCCAGUGCAGUUAAAUGCACAUCAGGUAUGCUCAGGGCUUUUUGUCAGCUGGAACUCUUCUGCA